AUGACCACCCACAAAACGAGCAAAAAGCGUCCAGCGUCCAGCCAAGCCGGACCCAAUGUCAAAAAACCCAACCUUGAAAAAUCAUCCAGCGAUAAAAAGCGCAGUCGGCCAGUAACUGCCUCAGCACAACCGGCGAGCACAUCGGAUUCUGAACCUGACGAUCUCGAGGACGUUGAAAACACUGGAGGUGAUGAUGAAGGUGAUUGGAUAGACGAGGACGAUGAAAUGGAUGUUGAUAAUAAUGGUGAUGCACCCACGUUGAACUCAACGGCUCCAAAAGACCCAAACGCCGCUCGGGAGUCACAUAAAGCUCAAAAGAUUGUACAAGAACAAAGACGUGCCGCUAAACCCCACUCUACGCUUCUCGUCGAAGCCAAGCGUGUAUGGUCCCUUGCUCGCCAAAAAACGAUACCCACAGCCGAACGCCAAAAACAUGUCAAAAAUCUGAUGGAUGUGAUUCGCGGUAAGGUCAAAGAUAUUGUGUUCAAGCAUGAUGCGAGUCGGAUCGUGCAGACUGUCGUGAAGUAUGGGGGACAGAAGGAGAGGGAUGAGAUUGCAGCAGAGUUGAAGGGAAAAUAUAAAGAUCUUGUGCAAAACAAAUACUCAAAGUUCCUUGUGACGAAGCUGAUUCGCCUCUGCCCCUCCCAUCGCACUUCAAUCCUCCUAGAGUUCCAAACCCACGUUCUUCGUCUCCUCCUGCAUCGAGAAGCUACCUCCGUUCUAGCGGACGCUUUUGAGCUCUACGCCAAUGCCUACGAACGCACUAUACUCCUGCGGGACUUUUAUGGAAAAGAAGCUAAUCUGUUCAGCUUCACAACUGGGAGUGCGGAAGACAAGGAACGGGCGAAGAAAGGGCUCAGUGGGAUUCUUGAGGGCGUUGAUAAUGAGAGACGGCGGAGAACGUUGAAUGCUCUCAAGGAUAACCUGGUCACGAUACUCAAUAACCCGGAUAAGGGUGCUGUAACGCAUGCGGUUGUCCAUAGGGCGUUGUGGGAGUAUAUAUCCGCGGUUAACACGAUACAGGACGAGACUGAACGGGAAAAACUUGCACGAGAGAUAUUUGAGAGCUGCCAGGAAGUUCUAGCUGAGAUGGUGCACACCAGGGACGGAAGCCGCGUCGUCCGCGAGUUUUUAGCGCAAGGAACCGCGAAGGACCGCAAACAAAUUCUCAAAGUCCUCAAGCCGCACAUCGAGCGGAUGUGUCUAGACGAUGAGGCGCAACUGGUGUUAUUCACCGCUUUAGACGUCACAGAUGACACUAAGCUCCUCUCAAAAUCACUCAUCUCCGAAAUGACCACCCCCGCUCAAAAGCUGUACGCCUCCCCUCAAGGCCGGCGAUCUUUGUUAUACCUCCUCCUUCCGCGGACGAGGCGGCACUUUACUCCUGCGCAAAUUGCUUCGCUGGCUGAAACGGACGAGGCACGCGCACGGACGAGCAAGAAGGAGCCGCAGAGCAGGGAGAGUGAGGUGCGCAAGUUUGCUAGCGAGGCGCUUAUCACGUGGGUGCAGGAGAACGGCGCGAGUUUGGUGAGAGAGCCAAGUGGGACGUUGGUAGUGGUUGAUAUCAUGCUUUUUGCUGAAGGCGAUAAAACAGCAGCAAUGAAAACGCUGCUAGCGGUUAUCUCAAGUCCGUAUCCCUCCACAGACUCCAGCACCCCACAUCCAAUCGAUCUACCGCACACCUCACGACUGUACAAGACCCUUCUGCAAGGCGGGCACUUUAACCGUGCCACCGGAACCAUCGAUACCUCUCAGACUCACUGGGACUCUGAAGCCUUUGCCAGAUCCUUUGUAGCGAACGUGGGGAGGGAUGUGGUGGUGUCAAUGUGCACGAAGGGGGCGGGGGACGGCGCCUUUGUGAUUAGUGCGCUGUGUGAGGCGUUGGUGAGGGGAGGAGAGGGUUGUGCGGAGGAGAGGAAGAGGAUCAAGGAGUGGUUUGGGGGCAAAGCGGUUAAGGAAAUCGAGGCAGGGGAGGCAAAGGGGAAGAAGAUUCUUGUUGAGAACCUUGCAUUGCUUUAA